CACGGUGGGCAAAGGCCAAUCAAGCACGGAGACGCAUGCGUUGAGGAUGAUGGACCAAGGAAAAUCAAGCAAUGAAGGCAAAUCAAGUAACGAAGGCAAAUCAAGCACGGAGACGCGUGCGUUGAGGAUGAUGGACCAAGGAAAAUCAAGUAGUGAAGGCCAAUCAAGUAACGAAAGCAAAUCAAGCAUGGAGACGCAUGCCUCGAGGAUGAUGGACCAAGGCAAAAAAUCAAGCUUUAGGAUGGUGCUGGAUUGUGAUGAGAAUGGUAUGCCCAACUUGUGCAAAUAUUACGAGAUGCUCGAAUGUGAGGAUGCGGAGGAGGAAGAUGAGGAGAUGACUCCGGAGGGUGUAAGGAUGUAUAACAAAUUCCGUAAGGAGCUAUUAGAGAUGGAAGCUGGCUUACUCAAGGACCGGGAGCAGGAUCAAAAGGACGCACUGAGGUGGGAGCAGGAUCAAAUUGACACACCGAGAUGUUACACAAUGGACCCGAUCCCCUUCUCACUUCAGGACGAGGCAGAGGAGACUGAGGAGGCGGAGGAGACGGAAUUCACAAAAUCAGACACGGAGGAGAUGGAGAUGGCGGACAAGUUGUUUGCUUUAGGGCGUAAAGGCUGGGAAUCUGCAUGGGGAGACGACUGCAGUAACUUCGAAGACAGGACCGUAUUGAGUCCUAUGCACUUUACAUAUUGCACGCCGGGACUGAUCCCGUAUGCUGCUCGCACUGUGAGCACCUUGCAAAUCUACUCCGUGAAGAUUGUUGGAACAGAUGGAAAGUUGAAGUUGCCACUCCAUGUUUAUGGGAUUGUCGCUGCCCGAGAUGCCGUGGACUACAACCGCAACAUUCUCUUCUCUUGGCGAAGGGAAAACUGCCAAAAACUCACUCCAGAGGCAUGUACCAUAUUACAUAGUAUUUCUCGUAGUUUCCCCAUUUUCUUCCUGCAUGUGCAUUCGUUCAUUUGAUUCAACUAUAAUGAUGAUUAUGAUGCCUGCAGGAUCCUCUUUUGCGCUUGACUGGCCUGUCCCGUGCAAUUGUGGCUGUGUACCAUGUUGAUUUCGAAGUCCAACUGAAAGUAAAGGGCUCAUCAAGGUCUCGCGACAGAGCAUUGAUGAGUCAUUGCUUUACUUACGCCGGUGGUUACCAUGAAGGUUUACAUACUACGUUCUCCAGCAACAGCUUUUGCACAGUAGAGUUUAGCUAUGAGCGACUUACAGAAACAGUCCAGGCUACUAUCUUGAGUGUGCGUGUUGUUGAAGGGGCGCCUUGGCCUUUUGAAUAUGGCGGACGGAUUAUGUGCUCCUCGCCACCACAGGAAGUUACGGACUCCCUAUCCAGGCAAGUUGUGUUGGUUGAUUCUCAUCGUUCUGAUGGUGGUGGAGAAAUACCAAUGGGCUCGGAUGGUUACCUUGAUCUGUCAAGGCAUGUUGUUUCUGUAGAACUUGAAGAAAGCAUGCAGUUUGUCAUACAAGCCUACUCACAGUCUGGUGAUGCUAUUGCUAGACAAGGUAGUGUCAGGUUCAGGACCAAAUACUGCAACAUAAGUCGAGCGAUAUGUGAGAUUGAUGACUCUAAGGUGGAGAUAACUGUCGCUUGGUCCCAACUUGCUAAGCACAAGAGGGAUAUCCUCUUAGAAGGACAUGUUUGACGGCUCUUGUGCCGUGGAUGUUGUGGACUGCAGAAUUAUUUGUCUUUGAUUAGUAAAUCUGUCAUGUACCUGUUGCCCAAUUUGAUCUGUUUCUGUCUUGCAUGUGGUUUGCAAAACUGCAGAAUUAUUUCUCUUUAAUUAGUUAAUCUGUCCAACUAUUUGCGAAUCGAUUAAUGUUAUCCGACUAUUUAUGUCUACUACAACUUAUUAUGCUAUAUGUGAAGU